AUGCCGCUCUACACCAAGUUUAUGAAAGACAUCCUCACCAAGAAGGGGAAGUAUAUUGACAAUGAGAGUAUUGUGGUAGGAGGCAACUGCAGUGUGGUGAUACAGAGGAAGCUACCAAAGAAAUUUAAGGACCCCGGGAGUGUGACUAUCCCUUACACCAUAGGGAAGGAGUCAGUAGGAAAGGCCCUCAUUGCCUUAGGGGCAAGCAUAAACCUGAUGCCCCUAUCAAUGUGCAGAAAAAUUAGUGAUCUGAAGAUAGACCCUACCAGGAUGACACUUCAGCUAGCAGACCGCUCAAUCACAAGACCAUAUGAGAUGGUAGAAGAUGUCCUAGUCAAAGUCUGCCACUUUACUUUUCCGGUGGACUUUAUCAUUAUGGAUAUCGAAGAAGACACGGAGAUUCCUCUUGUCUUAGGCAGACCUUUCAUGCUGACUGCCAACUGUGUGGUAAACAUGAGGAAUGGAAAUCUGGAGUUGAGCAUUGACAAUCAGAAGACUUUGCUGGAGAGAGCUUUGGUAAAUAAGGUAGACUGCCUAACCAGUGAAGAAGAAGAAGAUCUCAAGGCUUGCUUGGAAGACUUGGAUCGAGAAGAUAGCAUUCCUGAGGGGGAAGCCAGCUUUGAGGAACUAAAGAGCGAGACCCCAUCCGAGAAGAAGAAGGUAGAGUUGAAGAUACUGCUCAACCAUCUAAAGUAUGUGUUCCUGGAAAAAGAUGAGACUAAGCCUGUGGUGAUCAGCAAUGCACUCGCAUCUGAAUAA